GCACAGCGAUUUCCAGAGGUUGAGGCGGCACAGCAACCAGCUGUUGACUAAAUGAUAUCUUUAUAGAAAUAAAAGCGUUUUGCAUUUUUGCAAGCAUUCGUUAUAGUAGACUAGAUAAAACAACGCCGUAAUACUGGAUAAGAAAACUUUACUCUAGUAUUGCUGCGUCAUGCUUUUCAAACCUGGCCCGGCGCUAAACAUUGAAAUCGCUAUACGUAAGAGGACAAAAGUUUUAGAACAUCACAACUGGAGCUUAAACUAAACCCAGAGAUGAAUUUAGGUGUUCCAGCAAGUGCCUUGUUUCGAGCUUGCGACGAAGGAGACUACGAAACUGCUCGAGGGAUUCUUGAUCCUGGGACCAAGGAGUCCGGGAGGCAAAGUAGACUGCGGUCAGAAGCGGGGUCGGAAUGCCAUGUAGGGGACAUCACCCGGGGGCUCUCGUUGGUGCCCGUGGAUUGUACAGACGAAGAGGGCAACACGGCGUUACAGUUCGCCUCUGCGAGUGGACAUGAGAACCUGGUCCGGUUUCUACUGCGAAAGGGGGCUUCGGUUGACAGCCGUAACAACUAUGGCUGGACGCCUCUCAUGCAGGCUACAAGGUUUGGCCACCUAAAUGUGGCCCAUAUUCUGCUGGAGAACGGGGCCGAAAUCAAUGGCAGGAACCGGAUGGGGGCCAGCGUUUUGACCAUGGCUGCCAGGGGUGGCCACACCCACGUGGCUAAGCUCCUCCUGGAGAGCGGCGCCUUUGUCGACGACUAUGACCACCUGGCGCUGGCAGAGGGCGUUGCCAAUGGCAACAAUAACAACAGCGCUGCCGGCUUAGGCGGCGGUGAGGUCGGAAGGGAGUUCAUGGACAUCACGGCGCUCCUCGCCGCCGCCCAGCACGGCCACGAGGCGGCUGUUCGCCUUCUCCUGGAGUGGGGAGCGGAGGUGAAUUUUUCACAGAAGACCACGGGCUGGGGUGCCCUCAUGCUGGCCACGCUGACCGGGAAGGUGGCCGUCGUCCAGCAGCUGGUGGAGCGUGGGGCGGACCCGGACCACGUCAACGUGCUGGCCAAGACGGCCUUCGAGCUGUCGCUGCAGCUCAGGCAGCGGGAUGUGAAGUCGUACCUGGACUCCAUCACCACCGUGCGUCCACAGCCAGAUGAUGAGAAGAGGAGACCUGAUGUCUUCAGUGCCUUGAAAUUAGGGAACUCCCAGCUGGUGAAUGAGAUCCUGGAGGUGGACCCAUCCCAGGUGAACAUGGCCAACCCGGACGGAGCGUCUCCCCUGAUGAUAGCAGCCGUCAGUGGGCAGCUGGAGGUGGUGCAGCUGUUAGUGGAGAAGAGUGCCGACGUGGACAAACAAGAUGGAGUACACGGCUGGACGGCCCUCAUGCAGGCCACCUACCAUGGGAAUAAAGAGGUGGUUAAGUAUCUGCUCAGUCAGGGUGCCGACGUCAACCUCCGAGCCAAGAAUGGAUACACCGCCUUUGACCUGGUCAUGCUGCUGAAUGACCCAGACACUGAACUGGUGAGGCUGCUGGCGUCUGUCUGUAUGCAGGUGGACAAAGACAAGGGCAAACACCGGGGGAGGAUUCCCCUCACCCGCUCCAAGAGCAGACAGUCUCUGAACAAUGUCCCUGUGCCUCCCGAUGACAAAGGAGGACUGAAGUCCUGGUGGAACAGGAUGUCCAACCGGUUCCGAAGGCUUAAGCUGACUCACACUCUGCGGCAUGGACUCUCCUCCAAUCGCCUGGCCCCGUUUCCUACCGACCCAGAGGCCUCUCUCGACGCCACCAUGAAGGCCGAGAGGAAGAGCGCCCCCCCCAGUGGGACCGUGACGCCAACUGCAGCCCCGGGGAAUAUGGACAUCAGCACGGCCUGGACUGCCAAGAGCAAAGACGGUGGUCUCGGCAGAGCGGGCACGGAGAAGGAUGAAUUCCUGAUAGCCACAAUGCUGAGAAACGGGGCGCCCCUGACCCGUCUGCCCAUUGACAAGCUGAAGGCGGUGAUCCCCCCCUUUCUGCCCCCAUCCAACUUUGAGCCGUGGAACUCGGACCGCUCGCGGGUCAUCAAGGAGGGGAAGAUCGAAGCGCCCCGUCUCCCCAUGCCACAGAGGCACGGCAAGCCCAGCUUCAACAGCAGUGGCAACUCUGACAUUACCUCUAUCAGCCGAGUGGUGAGCCGGUCCAUCAAGUUUUCUAGCCUCCCCAAGGGCCCCUCGUCCACCUCCCCCUCUAACUCCGGCAACUACCACUCUCCCCACUCCUCCGGGGGAUCCAAUGGGGUGGCGGGGCUCAACCGCCACGGGCCAGACUCGCAAAACCGCUCAGGGGGCAGUGCCGACAGCGUCCUGUCUCAAAUAGCUGCCCAGAGGAAAAGAGCUGCGGGUCUGCUGGAUCCCAAGGUCCAAACAGCGGAGGCGCCGAUCCCCACUGCUGCGUCUCUUCCCGCCCCCGCCGUGCCCGACAUCAGCCUCCCAGACAUCCACAGCACCCCCAGUCUGGUGGCGAGCGACGUGCAUUCCAGACGGGUCAGCCGUAAUAUAGAUAAAUGCAAAAACACAACAUGUUGCAAGCUUCGUUGCGGGCACACGCACACUUGUGACUUUGUCUGUGUUGUUAACCCAGAACGCAAUCUAUUUUCCCUGCAGAAAAUGGACCUGAAGAAGAGACCCCAGUCCGGGAACUCGUCCACCUCCAAAAGCACCUCCCCCACCCUGACACCGUCUCCGUCCCCCACCCCCAAGCCUCCCCCUGGGGAUUCCCUGUCCUCGGCCUCCUCCCAUCCACGAUCCAAGAGCAGCGGCGGCUCCAGCAGCGGCACCAUCACAGACGAGGAUGAGCUCUCCAGCAUCCUGAAGAAACUCUCGUUGGAGAAAUACCAGCCCAUAUUCGAAGAGCAAGAGGUGGAUAUGGAGGCCUUUCUUACUCUGACUGACCGAGAUUUAAAGGAACUUGGGAUCAAGACAGAUGGGCCGAGACAACAAAUUCUGGCAGCCAUUUCUGAACUCAAUGCUGGGAAGGGGAGAGAGAGGCAGAUUUUGCAGGAGACCAUCCACAACUUCCAGUCGUCCUUCGGCAGCAGUGCCAGUAACCCGAGACCACCAGGUCAUCCACGCUCCCCUACAGGCUGGGCCCGACACCAGAUCCGCACCCCCAACAAGAGGUAACAGGCCCCGCUCUUCCCUGGAGAACUGAAACAAAGCAGAAGGUUGAAGUUGAACCUACAACCCAGGUGUGAGGAGACUCUGCUGGAUGCCAGCGUUCCAGAGCACAGGCCAGUGUGGGAGGACGCAGCAGCACAGACACCCCGGAGGGACCCCCCAGGUGCCGCCGCAACCGAAGUUCUGGGGCCUGGGUGUGCUCUGCCCCCCCUUGCAGCUUAACGACAGAGCACGUGACGUGCAGCAUGCUUUAUCGCCAUGGCAAUGCUGUCAUUGCAACUGCUGACAGAGGCGACUUGCAGUAGAGGGAGUGGAUGGAUUCUGAGAGAUAAAAUACCUAGUCAGGAAUGAAUGGAUGUGGGAGAGGAAAGGAUGGAAGCCUUCUCGCUGAGAUGGAGACUGAUACGCAAUACACACAUUAAGUCUAGUCUGGCACCUAGAAGUACAUCCAAUAGGUUUGUGUCAAGAUUGUUAUGCACUGAUUUGGUUUAUUGGAAUGAUGAGGGAGCUUUUUUUUGUAGAAUUUUGACAAUUUCUCUUUUAUGUUUUUAUAAUAUGGUUUUUCUCUAAUAUACACUCACCUAAAGGAUUAUUAGGAACACCAUACUAA